AUGGCCGCGGCACGGCGGGACCCGCCGGGCCCGCUCACACCAUCAGGCGGCGGCGGCGGCGGCGGCGGGUCCGAGCACCGCCCUGGCGCCGCUCCCGCAGGCCCGAGCAAGCGAGCGCCGAGCGCAGCGCCGGCGGACGGCGGGGCGAGGGAGGAGCGCAGCUCCGCUCCGCGCCCUGGCGCGCGACGGCGGGGAACGCCCCCUAGCGACGGGGGCGGGGCAGGAUGUCACGAUCAGGAAUCUGAACAGUCAAUAAACCUUUACCAGAAUGUUGUGGGGGCAAUCCCUGGAAGCCCCCUGAGGGACACUCUUCAGGAUGUGCUGACAGGGCGAGUAAUUGGAGGCCAUGAAGCCCAACCAAACAGCUGGAAGUGGCAGGUAUCACUUCAGAUUGCCUACCCCAACGACCCGGGGUACUAUGCUCACAUUUGUGGUGGAACCCUUAUCAGCAGCAAGUGGGUCAUGACUGCAGCCCAUUGCCUCAGCUCCAGUUCAUCCUACCGUGUAGCUCUGGGUGAGCACAACCUCCUGGAGGUGGAUGGCACCGAGUACUACGUGGAUGUGGAUGCAAUCUUCAUUCACAAUGGCUGGAACCCCAAUGACAUUGCCAAUGGCUACGACAUCGCCCUGCUGCGCCUCGAGUCUCCUGCCAGUGCCAACGGGUUUGUCGAGCUGGGAGUCCUUCCACGCAGAGGAGAAAUUCUGCCCAAUAACUACCCCUGUUAUGUCACCGGCUGGGGGGUGGUUAGUGCGGGGGGUGGCAGCGCAGACAGGCUGCAGGAGGUGAUGCUGCCAGUGGUUGACCACGAGAUCUGCUCUCAGGAUGACUGGUGGGGAUCCCAGGCGAAGGACACCAUGCUCUGUGCAGGUGGAGACGGAGUGAAGGCUGGAUGCAGUGGGGAUUCUGGGGGCCCUCUCAACUGCUACAAAGAUGAUCACUGGGAAGUCCAUGGGAUCGUCAGUUUUGGGUUGGUGCCCUACUGUAAUACCUACCAGAAACCAACAGUCUUCACUCGAGUGUCAGCCUAUGUGGACUGGAUCUACAGUACUAUGGAGAAUAAUGGGGGGUUCUAG